GUGUAAACUCGCAUAUGCAAAUCCCAGUGAAAACAGUGGCGGAAAACGAUUCGUGCGGUAAAUCUGUAAGCAAAUAUAAGUGGAAAACUGUGACGUAUAAGAAAAAAGAUAAAUGUGAAAGAAAUCCAGCAAAACAGAUCGACAAAAGUGAUUUCUUUGUUAUCGGCGAUUCCAUGUUAAAAAAUGUAGUGGUUCCGAACUGUAAAGUCGAUGUUCGCCCUGGAAUCCGACCACAGCAGAUUGUGAAACAUUUCAACAACAUUAGGAACACGGAAAAAUCCAACCAAAACAACAAUGAUUCCAACACAAAUUUUAAAGGCGUGAUAAUUCACGUAGGGACAAACUCUAUUAGAAGCAGCAGACAAGAAGAAAUCAUAAAUGAUAUUCGUAAUGUAAUUCGGUCAGCCAAAGGUUUGUUUACAAGCUCCAGAAUUGUUAUCAACGGAAUUCUACAAAGAAGAUCGAUGACUGCGGCUGGCACUCAGGACGGCAUCCAUCAGAAACACCUACCUAUACUAUUGGAGGCAGCACUAAGAAGGCAUCAUGGAGAAUCUGUUGCCGCUGCAAUUGAAUUCCUGUUUGACAACCCAAAGGUUCUGCUUUCCCGAUACAUUGACAAGAAGACAAUCAGGAAGCUGCUCACAGAUAUCAUCAGUACAACUUGUGACCAACACCUACUUGAUAAAGCAAGCUUGCUGGCAACCUCAAUGGGGAACCAAAGAUUGGCAUCAGCAACAUCGUCAAGGCAUACUACCUUAGCGCAUUGUCAUACCUUGCGGCAUGCUGCCUCUCGUUGGUUACGGCAUUGGAUACAACAGCGACAGCAUAAUUCUAUUUGAAGAAUGUGGCAUACACCUUGCUAUACAAAUCUUAAAUGAUGUACAGUAUAAAAGGAGCUGAGUGCUUCAUGUCUUCAA